AUGACUUCUCAGCGGUGUUUCCCUGCAGAUGACUUCGGCGUCUACUAUAUCCUCUCAGAGUGCACAGACCACGGUGCUCUGCCUGCAGUUAAGGAGGCUGAAGAGGACCGGCCCCAUUUCCAGGGCGUGACGGGCCUGCGGAACUUGGGCAACACAUGCUACAUGAACGCCAUCUUACAGUGUCUCUGCAGCAUCUCGCCGCUGGUGGAAUACUUUCUCUCCGGAAAGUACAUCGCGGCACUUCAAAAGGAUUGCAGCGAGGUUGCCACUGCUUUUGCCUACCUGAUGACAGACAUGUGGCUUGGAGACACAGACUGUGUCUCACCAGCACUAUUUCAGGCAACACUUGGCAACCUCUGCCCAGCUUUUCUGAAAAAGACACAACAAGAUGCUCAAGAAUUCUUGAUCUAUGUCCUGAAUGAACUUCAUGAAGCUCUGAAAAAGUACCACCGAAGAAGAGCAUAUGAGAAAAGAUCUACACAGAGACGCUGCAAGAAGGUAAUUACCAGCGAGACGUCCAUCAUCACCCGGCUGUUUGAAGGGCAGCUCAGUUACAGCAUCACGUGUUUAAAGUGUGACAACUGCACCUACAAGAACGAAGUCUUCACUGUGCUCUCGCUCCCCAUUCCGUACCAACAUGAUUGCUCCCUUCAGGACUGUCUUCAGUGUUUUUUCCAGCAAGACACACUGACCUGGAGCAACCAAAUUCAUUGCUCCUUUUGUGAAACCAAGCAAGAAACAGCUGUGAGAGCCAGUAUUUCCAAAGCACCAAAAACAAUCAUUUUUCACUUAAAAAGGUUUGACAUUCAGGGUACGAUGAAAAGGAAACUGAGAACAGACAUUCGUUACCCACUCACUAACUUGGACCUCACGCCUUACAUAUGUCCAAUUUUCCGAAAACAUCCUAAAUACAACCUUUGUGCAGUGGUGUCAGUAGCUGUUUCAGAUCCAGAGACGUUGCAAAUUGUGCUCCUAGAGGCAACAGCAGAAGUUGGUUUCAAUAACUUCAUGUUGAUUAAUCAUGAACCACGUGGUGGUGAAAGCCCAAAACACUAG